CACACCAAUGAACUUUAGCCGCGAAGCCCUCCACGAUAAAAGAUAAAAAUUGGGAGAGAAUCUCCUAAGCUCCGGCCGCCGGAAUCUCCAAUUCCAGCCACCAUAUCCGCUCCUGAUCCCUAGCGCUCUCGGCACUAUUUCCCGUCGUCUUCUCUUCGUCGCCGGCUGCUGAGGCAACCACCGGCACGCCUCCUCGCCGGAGGUGAUCAGGGCUCGUUGGGUUGGCUUCCCCCCACCCCGCCUCUCCUGGUGCUUGAUGGGAUUUUCUUUGUUCCCGAUGAAGACGUCGACGCGACUCCUGUGGAGUACCAGCUUCUUUCGCCACAAGAUCGUCGUCUUCUUCUAAAGAAGCUCGAUCGAUCCAAGAGAAGAGUAUACAUAGCUCGAUAUAUAUUACAGGAAUAUAAAUCAAUUUGUACGUAGUAGAGGAGGAGAGGGAGAUCUCGCCGCGAUCGUUCAGAUCUGAGAAUUAGGCAUGGAUUCCGGCCGUCUGAUCUUUGAUUCCUCUUCUUCUCAUCAUGGUCAGAUGCUUUUUCUGGGCGGCGGCAAUCCGAUCUUUCGAGGGGCGAGAUCGGUGCUUGGGAUGGAGGAGGGGGCGAACAAGCGGCGGCCCUUCUUCACCUCCCCCGACGAGCUCCUGGAAGAAGAGUAUUACGACGAGCAGCUGCCGGAGAAGAAGCGCCGCCUCACCCCCGAGCAGGUGCACCUGCUGGAGAGAAGCUUCGAGGCGGAGAACAAGCUGGAGCCGGAGCGGAAGAGCGAGCUGGCGCGGAAGCUUGGGCUGCAGCCCAGGCAGGUGGCGGUGUGGUUCCAGAACCGCCGCGCCCGCUGGAAGACCAAGCAGCUCGAGCGCGACUUCGACCGUCUCAAGUCCUCCUACGAUUCCCUCCUCGCCGACCACGACUCUCUCCUCAAAGACAACGACCGUCUCCGUUCCCAGGUGCUCUCGCUGACCGAGAAGCUCCAGGCGAAGGAGCUGGAGGCCGCGGGGGCAGCCGGGGGCCUGAAGCCGGACGAUCAGGCGGCGUCCAGCGCGGAUCACACGGGCGUGAACGUCCAUCAGCUGAAGGCGGAGGACCGGCUGAGCACGGGGAGCGGCGGGAGCGCAGUGGUGGACGGGGAUGGGCCGCCGCACCUGGUGGACAGCAGCGGGGAGUCCUACUUUCCCGAGAGUUACCACUGCGUGGGUCCCCUCGACGGCGGCAUGCAGUCAGAGGAGGAUGACGGCAGUGACGAGGGCUGCAACUACUAUUCCGAGGGCAUGUUCGCGGAGCACCACCACCCCGACGAGGAGGUUGCCCAGCUCAGCUGGUGGGUUUGGGAAUGAACGGGAACAACAAUUGGAGAUGGCCCCGUCUUCGUCUCGCUACUAUCAUCACCGCCACCAGCACCACCAUCACCAUCACCAUCUAGUAUUAUUAAGCGUCGUCUAUAUGAGUUAGUGGUACUGCUGGAUGUGAAAGUUAUUGUCCGAGUAUGAUGGCGUGUUAUGUAUAUCAUUAGUGAAUGGCUAGAAUAAUGACUAAAUAAAGGUGCUUAAGGAACGACCUGUGGAUUUUGAUUUUAAUUUGUUUUUGGAAUGAUGUGAUUGUUGAUGGAGUUA